AGCCGUUUGUGUUCACAUAUUUGGAGCCGGCCUGGAUUCUGGAGUCCCGAUGGCGACCAUCGAAUACGACGAUGGCGGCAUCAACAGGGUUUCGAGGCAGUUGACGCAGCCAAAGAAGCAGGGCGCUUCGCAAGCCAUGCUGCACGCAAUCGGCAUGACGCCAGAGGACCUCAACAAAGCUCAGGUCGGUAUUUGCUCGGUUUGGUAUCAGGGAAACCCCUGCAACAUGCACCUCUUGUCCCUCGGAGACGACGUGAAGAAGGAGGUGGACAAGGACCCGCAGAUGUAUGGCCUGCAGUUCAACACUAUCGGGGUCUCAGACGGCAUGUCUAUGGGCACCAGAGGGAUGACCUAUUCGCUGCCAUCUCGCGAAGUCAUUGCAGAUAGCAUCGAAUCUGUCAUGGGCGCUCAGUUCUACGAUGCCCUGGUCACGAUUCCCGGGUGUGACAAAAAUAUGCCAGGCUGCGUGAUGGCGAUGAUCCGCAUGAACCGGCCGUCGCUCAUGCUCUAUGGAGGCACGAUCGCUUCGGGCAGAUCUUGCAAGGGCGAGGACUUGGACAUUGUCUCCACCUUUGAGGCCUAUGGGAAAUUCAUUGCCGGCUCCAUUACGGAAGAGGAGAGGGUGGAUGUGGUUCGCAAAGCGUGUCCUGGCCCGGGUGCUUGUGGCGGAAUGUACACCGCCAACACCAUGGCAACAGCCACCGAGGCCCUGGGCUUGUCGCUGCCCUACUCCAGCUCCUCCCCCGCCAUGUCGCCUGAAAAGCGGGCGGAGUGCCAGCGCGUGGCGAAGUGCGUGAAGGCGAUGCUGGAGAGGAAUCUGAAGCCUUUGGACAUCUUGUCCAGGAAGUCCUUCGAGAACGCGAUUGUGGUUGUGAAUGCGCUAGGUGGAUCCACAAAUGCAGUGCUGCAUUUGUUGGCGAUGGCAGCAACAGCAGAGAUUGAGCUGACCAUUGACGACUUCCAGCGGAUCAGUGCGAAGACCGCCUUGAUUGCGGACUUGAAGCCCAGUGGCAAGUUCCGAAUGGAGGAUGUGCAUCGCGUUGGUGGCAUCCCAGCGGUGAUGAAAUACUUGCUGAAGCUCGGGUGGCUACACGGGGACUGCCUCACAAUCACGGGGCAGACCUUGGCCCAGAACUUGGCCAGCGUGCCCGACCUUGACUUUGGAGCGCAGGGAGUGAUCCUGCCGCUGGAAAAGUGUAUUCAGAAGACGGGCAACCUGAAAAUCUUGCGAGGGAACCUGUGCCCGGAGGGCGGCGUGGGCAAGAUCACAGGCAAAGAGGGCACCUCCUUCACGGGGAAGGCCAACAUCUUUGACAGCGAAGAAGCCAUGGUCAAAGGCUUGGAGGAUGGCAAGAUCUCCAAGGGCGACUUCAUUGUUAUCCGCUAUGAGGGUCCAAAGGGUGGCCCUGGCAUGCGGGAGAUGCUCACGCCAACGAGUGCCGUGAUGGGCGCUGGCUUGGGCAAGUAUGUGGCUCUUAUGACCGACGGCAGAUUCUCGGGGGGUUCUCACGGCUUCAUCAUCGGCCACGUAUCUCCGGAGGCCUUCGUGGGCGGGCCCAUUGCCUUGCUUCGGAACGGUGACAUGAUCACAGUGGACGCCGACAAGUUGCAGCUAUGUGUGGACGUCUCCGACGAGGAGCUUGCAUCUCGAAAGGCUGCCUGGAAGCAGCCUCCGCUUCCUGUGAAAACUGGAUAUCUCGCCAAAUACGCCCGGCUGGUGUCAUCGGCAAGCCUGGGUUGCGUCACAGACCGAUGACGUCGUGAUACGUAGUGUAGUUUGACAAAGCUCAAUUAGGAUUAUGGCGACUGUUAUGCAGCAACUUGCCACUGCAUGUGCUGCAUGCACUACAGCAUGGUGGUGAUUCUCCGAUUGCAUGCUCGUGAUGAUUUUGUUCCGCCUGCGAAAGGUGCUUCGACACUGCAGGUUUUGUCACAGCAUGCCAGAACAGAGAUUGCAAAGUAACUCCACUUGGGUUUGUGUUGCCUCGUGAUCUUUUUCGUACUGUGUGCGAAAGUUCACCGUGUGGCAGCAACCCUCGUGUAGAGCAAACGAAGGACUCGACCUUUGAAAGCGUGCCAGAUAUC